AUGGCGAAUGCUUGGAAUGAAAGUGAAGUCCUUGACGGCAGUGACCGUGAGGAAGAUAUGGUUAUAGGGGUUGAAUUCAAAACUUUCCAAUGUGAGACCCACCAAGCAUUGCGGGAGGUCCAAGAGACUCUUGCUAGGCUGACGACAGGGAGUAAUCAACGGGGUGACAGUCCUAUGAGUCGUCAACCUUACUCAGAGUGGGCUGAAGUUUUUCGUGAAUGCCAUCCAGAGAAUCCACGUAGGCAACUAGCCUAUGAGGAUAACUCGAGUGAGGAUGAGAAAGAUGUUGAAGCCAUACUCCAGAAUACUCGAAGGGGUUACAAAGGGGAACAAGAUCGACAGACCUUUCGUAUGAAGAUGGACCUGCCCAGUUUUAAUGGACAACUUCAGAUAGAGGGGUUUCUUGACUGGUUGAUAUUGGUCGAGAGGUUUUUCGAUUAUAUGGAUAUUCCUGAAGAUAAAAAG